AUGAGCCGAUUCCUGAAUGUGUUACGAAGCUGGCUGGUGAUGGUAUCCAUCGUAGCCGCAGGGAACUCGCUACAGAGCUUCCGAGACCACACCUUUCUCUAUGAAAAGCUUUAUACUGGGAAGCCAGACCUGGUGAAUGGCCUCCAAGCUCGGACCUAUGGAAUCUGGACGCUGCUCUCAUCAGUGGUUCGCUGCCUCUGUGCCAUCGACAUUCACAACAAAACGCUCUACUACAUCACUCUCUGGACAUUCUUCCUCGCAAUGGGGCACUUCCUCUGUGAGUUGUUUGUAUUUGGGACUGCGGCUCCCACGAUUGGUGUCAUGGCACCCCUCAUGGUGGCAAGUAUCUCGAUCCUGGGCAUGCUAGUGGGGCUCCGGCACCUAGAAGCAGAACCAGGAUCCAGACAGAAGAAGAGAAACUGA